CUCACGUCCAGAAGGGAGAACCUUAGAAUCACUUUCUAAGCUAGCAUUAUAAGAUAUUUUGUAAACCAGCAAGCAAAUAUCCAGAACACCCAUGGCAAUACCACCUUUCAAACGGAAUGUUCGACAAUACGCAAUCCAUCUAUUAUCUUCCCCUGUCAAGAUCAGUUACGCACCCUCGAUGAAAGAACAAGCUCGACCGAUUGUGACACGUGAAGAGAUCCAAAACGCGCGCGAUCUUUGUCCUCAUCGCAUCAGCGGCUGCAAAAUCCUGGAGAUCAGCGACUCAGUCAUCUUGAAAAUGGGCCCCGUGGUUUCCAUGGGAGAAGCCGAGGCCAUGUGUCUUGUCAGACAGUCAACAUCAGUCCCUGUACCGGAGGUGAUCAAUGCAUAUAUGAUUGAAGAUGUUGGAUUCAUCGUGAUGCAGAAAAUUCCAGGCACUCUUCUUGCCAAAUGCUGGGAUGAUCUCCCCGACGAGUCACAGCAGUCCAUCAUGAAGCAACUUCGCGUCUAUAUGUCUGAAUGGCGGGAGAUCCAGGGUGAUUUCUUUGGCGCUGUCGAUGGAGGGCCUUGUGACGAUAUCAUCUUCAAGCAUCCAUGGGGAAAGCAGAGUGAUCAGUACGGGCCAUAUCGCACGCGACAGGAAUUCAAUCAAGGCGUUGUUGCUGCGCUCCGGAAUUCGAGACCUCAUGGACAACUGGUUGGCGAGACUGAUUAUUGCCUCGCGGAAGAAAUUUUUGCAUCUGGAGAUCAUGGGAAAGACGAGAGGAAAGUCUUCACUCAUGGUGACUUACAUCCUACAAACAUCAUCGUGGAGGAUGGUAAAAUAGCCGGCAUUAUUGACUGGGGCGCCUCGGGGUAUAGUGUUGCUUCCAGGGAAUUCCUUGAAUUGGAUUGGGCGAGGUCUAGUUCAUCGUGGAACAUCCUGGCAUCUACUGAU